AAAGACUCACUUCAACAGCAUUCACCGUAUAUGUAUAUAAGAGGAUUGUUUAUGCUGCUACAACAACAACGAUCGGCGGCAAGCAUCAAUGCCGGGCAAUGACAUUGAUGGCCUGUGUUCCAAAGUGAACAACUACCACACCGACCUUUCUCGCUUUUUCACUGUCAGGAAUCUUCAACUUUCGCCCACUAAAUCCACGACGACCCUCUUUGCCACCUGGACAAAGGAGGUUAAACUGUCCCUUAAGGUAAAAGUCGACGACACACCAAUUCCGACGGUAAACAACCCCAAAAUUUUGGGUGUAACCUUUGACAGUUUGCUCUUCUUCUCAGCGCACACAACCGCAAUUGCCACUAAAGUCCAAAACCGCAGCAAGGUCCUCAAAUCGCUCGCCGGCAGCACUUGGGGCAAAGACAAAGAACUGUUGCUAUCGACAUUUAAGGCAAUUGGUCGACCGGUUCUGAACUAUGCAGCGCCUAUUUGGUCGCCUGGAACUAGUGACACGCAGUGGAUAAAGCUACAGACAUAUCAAAAUACCGCCAUUCGGACAGCUACCGGUUGCCUCCUGAUGUCUCCCAUUCAACACCUGCACGACGAGGCUCACAUGCUUCCUGUGAAGGAGGAUAACAAACUGCUCUGCAAGCAGUUUCUGCUAGGGUGUCAC